AUGGCUCGACGCAACGCAGCGGCCAAUGGCCCUUCCACAGCGAAGGGGCAAUCCAAUUCCGCUGAGAACUCGGGAGAAAAGGAGACGGUGAACCUCUACGACCCCAAACUCCACGACUUCAUCUGGACAUACACUGAGGAACCGCACCGCACCCGCCGUCUCGCCAUCAUCAAGGCGCACCCGGAGGUCACCAAGCUGUGUGGCCACGAGCCUCUGACCAAGUACUGCGUUGCAUUUGUUGUUGGUCUACAGGUGCUCAUGGCCCAUCUGCUGCGCGACACACCGUUCUGGUCAUGGAAAUUCUGGCUCGUUGCCUAUGUCAUUGGAGCCACUGCCAACCAGAACCUGUUCCUGGCUAUUCAUGAAAUCUCGCAUAACCUGGCCUUCCGCUCGCCGCUGGCGAACAGGCUUUUCGCUAUCUUUGCGAAUCUUCCUAUCGGCCUGCCAUACAGUGCCUCGUUCAGGCCGUACCACCUAACUCACCACAAAUCCCUCGGCGUCGACGGCCUCGACACCGACCUGCCCACCGCCCUCGAAGCCGUCGUCCUCGACUCCAUCCUCGGCAAAGCCUUCUUCUGCACCUUCCAAAUCUUCUUCUAUGCCCUCCGCCCCAUGGCCAUUUACCGCGUGCCCUUCACUUGGGUGCACUACCUCAAUAUCCUCGUGCAAUUCGCCUUCGACUACGCCAUGAUCUAUCUCCUUCCGGGCUACUUCACGCUCAACUCCUUCAAGUACCUCCUCCUGUCCUCCUUCCUGGCCGGCUCUCUUCAUCCAACGGCCGGACAUUUCAUCGCCGAGCAUUACGUCUACGAGACCAUCCCACCCGAAGCCCGCGACCCGAAGAAUAUGAUCCCCGUGCCGGAGACAUACAGCUACUACGGCCCGCUGAACUGGGUGACGUACAACGUGGGACUGCACAACGAGCAUCAUGAUUUCCCUGCCGUGCCGUGGACGAGGCUGCCGAAGCUGUAUGAAAUUGCGAAGGAGUUUUAUGAGCCGCUGCCACAGCAUACGAGUUGGGUGUAUGUUCUGUGGAGGUUUAUUUUCGACCCGACGGUCGGCAUGAAGUGUCGUGUAAAGAGGAAGAUGGGGGGCAGGGUUGUGGGUGGUGGGACGGCUGUGCCGGUGGCGAAGCAGGCGGAUUGGAAGGAUGAUGAAGUUGAGGCGAGGGAGUGA